UCAGAAAUAUUUUAUCUUGAAGGAAAUGAAACGAAAUAGCAAAAAAAUAAAUGCUACCAAGGGCACCAACACCCUGUCAGGCAGUACGAAAGCCAGGGAUUUAAUGAGCAAAAUGGCGAAUAUACCAUAUUGGCUUACUUCGUAUCAUCCCACACAGAAAUUCACAUAUUCGAGACCCCAUUCUUCACCAUGUAGAGUAUAUUCAAGGAAUGGUUUCCAAAAUAUGUUCAGACCUUCUUCAACCACUGCUGUUGCAAAUCCAAUACUGUCGUCCUUAGAUGUUAAACGGAUUUUAUUUCAAAAAAUUACCAAUAAAGGGGAUGAGUUGAAAAAAACCUUUCAGCUACUCGAUACUGGUCAGAACCUGACCGUGUCAAAAAGUGAACUGAGAAGAAUUAUUACAGACUUCCUGAUGCCUCUCACGAGAGAACAGUUUCAAGAUGUUUUGGCUCAGAUCCCCCUGACCAGCUCGGGCACUAUACCAUACCUUGAAUUCCUGUCCAGGUUUGGCAGAAUUGACACAAAUAUAAAUGUUAUAAAGAGGGGAAGUGGGAAUAAAAUGAAUUGCUGCCGGACGUUAAAAGAACUUGAAAUCCAAGUGGGAGAAAAGGUUUUCAAAAACAUUAAAACUGUUAUCAAAGCCUUUAAGCUCAUUGAUGUUAACAAGACUGGACUGGUUCAACCACAGGAACUGAGGAGGGUUCUGGAGAUCUUCUGUUUGAAGUUCAGAGAUGAGGAAUACGAAAAGUUUUCAAAACACUACAACAUCAAUAAAGAUACUGCAGUGGAUUACAAUGUUUUUUUGAAGAACCUCAGCAUAAAUAAUGACUUGAACCUUAGAUAUUUUAUGGAAAAUCAAGAGGUCUCAUCAGAGAAUCAACAAACCCAAAAUUCCAAAAAGGAGCAUUUGCUCAGUUCUAUGUCAUCUGAAGCUAUCUGGCAAAACUACUCCUUAGAUGAAAUUGAGAGGACCUUUUAUCAAGAGUUUUCAAAGUCUUAUGAAAAGAUUGAAAAGGCCCUCAGUGCAGGGGAUCCCUCUAAAGGUGGCUACGUGUCUUUUAAUUACCUAAAGAUUGUCCUUGACACCUUUGUAUGCCGAUUACCAAGAAGAAUUUUUAUUCAGUUAUUGAAAAGGUUUGGACUUAAACCCACCACUAAAAUCAAUUGGAAGCAAUUUCUAACAUCAUUUUAUGAGCCUCAGGGGUUGGCAUUUAGCAGUACAGCUUCCUUGACAAAAAGAAAUAGCAUUAACUCUAGAAAUCAAUCUCACAAGGAAAAUAUCAUCACAAAGUUAUUUAGAAAUGCUGAAGACUGCUACACAUCGUUGAAGAAAGCAUUACUGAUAAUCAACUCUAAACCUGAUGGACAGGUAGCAGGGGAAGACUUGCGACAUAUCCUCAAUUGCAUGGUUGUAAAAUUAAGUGAUUCAGAAUUCAAAGAACUAAUGCACACACUUGACCCUGCGGACACUGGAAUGGUCAACAUCAGCACGUUUAUUGAUCUGCUUGAAGAGGAGCCUAAGAUGAGAAAAACAGCUCUCUGUACAGGCACUAAGACACCUCUGUUCCUGGCCUGGGAUUCAGUGGAAGGAAUUGUUCAUGACGCAAUUACUAGGAACCAACAAGCUUUUUUUAAUACACUACAGUCAUAUGACCUUGGAGACACAGGGCUCAUCAGCCGAAAUAACUUCAAGAAAAUUAUGCAGACCUUCUGCCCAUGUUUAACGAAUGAACAUUUAAUAAAACUCUGCAGUAAGUUUCAGGACAUUGCUUCAGGAAGAAUCCUUUAUAAGAAACUUUUGGCUUGCGUAGGAGUUAAUGGCCCGCCCACUGUCUCUCCAAUUCUUGUUCCAAAGAAUCAGCUGUUCGAUGAAGGUUUUCAAAAAGAGGAACAGCAGCAGCCAGAUCUUUCUGAGAGAACCAAGCCCACCGAAGAUAAAACCACUCUGAUCAAGAGCAUGACCAAAGAAGAAGUUAUUGAAAACCUCAAAAACUGCAUACAGCAGCAGGACCCAACAUUCAGAAAACGGUUUCUUGACUUCAGCAAGGGCCCUGACAGAAAAAUCAACAUAAAUGACUUUAAGAAGGUACUGGAAGGCAGUGGAAUGCCCAUGGACGACGACCAGUAUGCUCUGCUGACUGCAAAAAUAGGCUAUAAGAAAGAAGGGAUGAGUUACCUUGACUUUGCGGCAGGAUUUGAAGAAGCUCCGAUGAGUGGGCCAGAAGCCACUCCACCACCAACUCCAGCUUCUUCCAAGAGCCACGUGCACAACCACUUUGUGACUGCUGAGGAAUGCCUGAAACUCUUCCCCAAGAGACUGAAGGAGUCGUUCCGGGACCCCUACUCUGCCUUCUUUAAAAUGGACACCGACAGGGAUGGCAUCAUCAACAUGUAUGAUCUUCACAGACUGCUACAGCACUUACUGUUCAAUCUCAAAGAUAACGAGUUUGAGCGUUUCCUUGGCCUUCUUGGCUUGAGACUUAGUGUCACUUUAAAUUUUCGGGAAUUUCGAAAUUUGUGUGAGAAGAGAACAAUCAGGACAGAUGACCCUCCUCAAAGACUCAUUAGACCAAAACAGAAGGUCGCGGAUUCAGAACUAGCUUGUGAACAGGCUCAUCAGUAUCUUGUUACCAAAGCGAAAAACAGAUGGUCAGACUUGUCUAAGAAUUUUAUAGAAACUGAUAACGAGGGCAAUGGCAUUCUUCGACGACGGGAUAUAAAGAAUGCUCUGUAUGGUUUUGAUAUUCCCCUCACACCAAGAGAAUUUGAAAAGCUCUGGGCAAGCUACGACACUGAGGGGAAAGGGCACAUUACUUACCAAGAGUUUUUACAGAAAUUGGGUAUUAACUACUCACCAACUGUCCAUCGGCCCUAUGCAGAGGAUUAUUUCAACUUCAUGGGUCAUUUCACAAAGCAACAGCAGGUACAAGAAGAGAUGAGGGAGCUGCAGCAGAGCACAGAGAAGAACACACCAGCCAGGGAUAAGCUUAUGGACCAUUAUCAAGACAUCAUCAAAACACUCACCAAAAUCGAUAAAUCCAAAAAUGGCUACAUAUCCAUAAGCAAGAUGCAGAAAGUGCUGCAAGAAUGUGGUUGUUUUCUUAAGGAAGAGGAGCUGACCAGUUUGCUAAACAGCUGGGGAAUCAGCCAGCAUGAUAAUUCCAUCAAUUACCAUGACUUCUUGAAAGCACUGGAGAACAGCAAGCCAACAAGACCUCAGCCAAAAGAAGGAGAAGAGUGCGCGCCAGUCAAUUUUUCCACGCUGACUCCAGAGGAGAUUGUGAAGAACAUCCAGGAAGUCGUUGACUCCUCCCAGGCAGCUCUGUUAACGGCAUUCUCUGCAUUGGAUAAAGAGAACACAGGAUUUGUAAAGGCUACAGAAUUCGAACAAGUUCUUAAAGAUUUCUGUUACAAACUAACAGACAACCAGUAUCAAUAUUUUUUGAGGAAACUAAGAAUUCAUCUAGCUCCCUAUAUACAUUGGAACUAUUUUCUCCAGAACUUCAACUGUUUCCUUGAGGAGAUGGCUGACGAGUGGGCUGAGAAAAUGCCCAAAGGCCCGCCACCCGGCUCUCCCAAGGCCGUGGCCAACAGAGACAUCCUGGCACGUCUCCACAAAGCAGUGACCUCCCGUUACCACGCCAUCGCCCAGGAGUUUGAGAACUUCGACACCAUGAAGACAAACACGGCCUCCAGGGAUGAGUUCAGGGCCAUUUGUACUCGCCACGUCCAAAUCCUGACAGAUGAGCAGUUUGACAGGCUCUGGAGCGAGAUGCCAGUCAAUGCCAAGGGGAGGCUGAGGUACCUGGACUUCCUGAGCAGAUUCAAUACCGAGACAGCAGCGACACCGACGGCCACUGGUGACUCGAUGGUGGCCCAGAGAGGGAGCAGCGUCCCUGAAAUCUCAGAAGGAGCCACAUCUGCUGUCCCAUCAUCCACUCGGGACCUGAGAACAGGGUCAAAGUUGCGGGGUCAGCCUUGUACUCCAGCUAGUACAGUCACGAUCCCGUGUCCUCCACCCCUGCAAAACUGCGAACCCAUCGAGACCAAGCUCCGGAAGAGAAUCCAGGGCUGCUGGCGGGAACUCCUGAAACAGUGCAAGGAGAAGGACGUGAACAAACAGGGGGAAAUCACCACGGCCGAGUUCCUGGCUCUUGUGGAGAAAUUCAACCUGGACAUAAACAAGGAGGAGUGCCAGCAGCUCGUUAUAAAGUAUGACCUGAAGAACAAUGGUAAAUUUGCCUACUGUGAUUUCAUUCAGAGCUGUGUCCUCCUGCUGAAAGCCAAGGAAACUUCACUGAUGCAUAGGAUGAAGAUCCAGAAUGCACAUAAAAUGAAAGAAGCUGGUGCUGAGACCUCUUCCUUUUACUCUGCUUUGCUGCGGAUUCAACCCCAAAUCAUGCACUGCUGGAGGCCAAUGCGGCGCACGUUCAAAACCUAUGACGAGGCGGGAACCGGGCUUUUAAGUGUGGCUGAUUUCAGGAAGGUCCUGAGACAGUACAGCAUCAACCUCUCUGAGGAGGAGUUCUUCCAUAUUCUGGAGUAUUACGAUAAGACUCUGUCUUCAAAGGUCUCCUACAAUGACUUCCUCCGGGCCUUUCUCCAGUAGGGAUCCCUGUGGUGCACCCAGCGGGACAGACGGGUCACAAGGCCUGCACACAAGACUAAUAAAAUCAUAUAAUUGGGGUU